UUUGAGGUUAAGGUAAUGAAAAAGGCAAAAACUUUCCGAAUUUGGAAAUAACACGUGAAUUUUAAGUUAAUAUAGUAUAAAAUAAAAUAAUUAUUAUAAAACGAAUCAAAUAUUUGUGCUAUGAAGUCGAAAAAGGUGGAACGAAUGGAGAGGAAGGUGAAAAAAAUGGCAAGUUUUGCUGAAAUAACAAAAUUAAACAGUAAUUCAACAAAACCUAACAAUAAUAACAAUGAGAAUGCAGAUAAAAAUGUGUUGAACACGAAACGUCAAAGUUCAGAACCAAAUUCUGCGCAAAAGAAACCUAAGUUAGAAGGAGAUGAUUAUUUGCAAUUGAAAAAAGCACUUAAAGAGCAUAAAAAACAAGUGAAGCUUCGUCCAAGAUUUUGGUUACGAGAUGUAGGGAAUUUUGCAAGUUUAUCUGUUGAUUUAGACAAUAGGAUCCCAUUAUUUAUGUCUGAUCUGCAACAUUUAAUAAUGUAUUCUCAAAUUGUGCAACAAUCACCUUAUAACCCCGCUCGUUGGUGUCAACUUGAUAGACCAGCUCGAUUACAAAGCACUUGUGUGUUGGUUGUUGAAAAUAUUUCAAUGUAUGAUUUUGUGUCAAAUGAAUCCUCAUUCCAAUAUUUAAGCACAAAAUUUAAGGAUAAAUUGGAAAUAAUUAAUUCUAAUGCUUAUGAAAGGGAUGUCAUUCAAGACUUGUUAAUGGUUCCCUUGACGGGUCAUCAAUUAAAUAUUUAUUUAGGAAGAUAUAGUACCAUAAAAAUGGCUGCUAAAAAAAGCAGUGAAGUAUUUGAUAUUGUUCAAAAUAUUUUUCAUAUCGAACGUAAUAAAGAAUCUACAGACUUUAUAGAAGAAGAUGAAAAAGUGGAACCCCCAAAAUCUGAUAAAUUUCCAAGAACUGAUUUGUUAAUGUCAGGUUGGCAAAUGGUUGAAGAAAAUUUUCCUUUACCCAUCAUUGGUUUGAUGGAACGUAAAUAUCAAGGUUAUGUCACCAGUAAAGAUGAAUAUAAAAUGGUUACCAAAAAUAGUCCCAUGUUUGGCAUUGAUUGUGAAAUGUGUAAAACAACAAUAGGAGAUUUAGAAGUUACAAGGGUUUCCUUAGUUGAUGAAAAGCACAAUGUUUUUUACGAAACAUUUGUUAAACCUCACAAUAGAAUUACAGAUUAUUUAACUAGAUUUUCUGGGAUUACCCCUCAAAUGAUGAAAGGUGUUACUAAAAGAUUAUCAGACGUUCAAGAAGAUUUAAGAAAACUUUUACCCCCUGAUGCUAUUUUAGUGGGACAAAGUUUAAAUUCAGAUCUUCACGCUUUAAGAAUGUUUCAUCCUUACAUCAUCGAUACUAGCAUUAUUUACAAUUUAACCGGUCAACGAGUAAGAAAAUCAAAACUUCAACAUUUAGCGAAACAAUUUUUAAACGAACACAUCCAAGAAAGUUCAAGCGGUCAUUGCUCCAUCGAGGACAGUGUGGCUUCUUUAAAAUUAGUACAACAUAAACUCACUCAAAACAUUUAUUAUGGCGACGCGGUUAUGAGCCGCACGCAAUCUGAUUUUGUCUCUUAUCAAGAUAUGGCAAAUUCUGGUUAUGCUAAGAAUCUACUUAGACAAAUUGCCAGUUUUGAUAAAACAGCCAUGGUUUUUAGUACAAAAAAAACUUUGGAUGUUUACGAACAAUGGACGUUUAAAAAUCCUGAUAAACCUCAUUCGAAUAUAAAAUUGGUAUCUGGAGAAAACGACGCGGAUGUUAUUGAUAAAAUGCUGUCUUCUAUGAAGAGUAAUAAUUUAAAUAUAGGUCAUAUUCAGUGUGGAGAUGAGGAUAAAGCUAAAAGUUAUUCAUUGUUGGAUGAAACUAUUCGAAGAAUUUGUGAAAACGCUGAAUUUCCUAGUUUACAUAUUGUUAUUUUUACUGGCUGUAAAAAUCCGGCCCUUUCUAAUGGAUGUGCUUUUCUUGCUGUAUCGUAGUUUAUGUUUUUUUUUGUUAUUAUGUGUAUACUUUUGAUGGUUAUCAUUAAAUGUAUUUAUGUAUA